AAAAUAGAGGAAUUGCUCCUUAAGUCACGAUUUACAUCUUUCCCCUUGGUUGCGUUUCUGCUGGAUAACGAGUGUCAUUUUUGGAAUUAAAAGUCUAUGUUUAUUCUUCCACAAGAAACUCGCUACUCAAAUAACUCAACUCCACAUUGGUUGUUCCACAGCUAAUCUGCGAGAGGUCUGCGGCGCGAGACAGCCGUGAUACGAGCCAUCCCUAGCAAUUGCGAUAUCGGCUCAGGCAGCAGGACGACCUGACAUGUGUGAACAUGGCGGACGUGGACGACGACGAAGGCUCGACCGCCUCUGAGCGGUCCUCCACAGCCCAAGAGAAAUCCAAGAGCCCCAGGGUGGUGACCAUCGUCAAAAGCGACACGGGGUUCGGCUUCAACGUGAGGGGGCAGGUCAGCGAGGGUGGGCAGCUCAAGAGCAUCAACGGGGAGCUGUACGCACCGCUGCAACACGUUAGCGCGGUGUUGGAGGGAGGGGCAGCAGAGAGAGCAGGCAUCUGCAAAGGGGACCGGAUCCUGGAAGUAAAUGGCCAGAAUGUAGAGGGCGCCACUCACAAGUUUGUAGUGGACCUGAUCAAGCAAGGGGGCAGCGAACUGACUCUCACCGUCAUCUCGGUGCCCAACUUCAAAGAGGACCAAGGGGAGCCCAGCGACGACUCCUCCGGCUACUCCUACUAUGACUUCAGCGACAGGAAACCGAUCCCUAUCACGGUACCAGACUACCGACACGUCAACACCGCUGGGAACAAACAUGUGGUGUACAACAUCUACAUUGCGGGCAAGCUCAAGGCCUCCCACCGAUACAGCCGGUUUGCCGACCUGCACAACCGGCUAAAGCGGGAGUUUCCAGACUUCCAGUUUCCCAAGUUUCCCAGCAAGUGGCCCUUCUCAUUAUCCGAGCAGCAGCUGGAACAGCGGCGUCGAGUGCUCGAGCAGUACUUGGAAAAAGUAACCUGUGUUCGAGUCAUUGGCGAGUGCGACCUCAUGCGGGAUUUUCUAAACUUGCAGGACACAGAGAAGCAAGAGACAACAGAAAACAAAAGCAAAGCAGAAGAGACACCUACAAAGAGAGAGGAUCAGGGCAAGGCCCAAGUUGAGUUGAGAAUACUCCUCCCAGACAGAACGCAGGUCACUGUCACUGUCCGCAGGAACAACACAACGCAAGAUGUUUAUAAUGCCAUGGUUCAUAAAAUUGGCCUAAACCCAGAGAUGUCCAAAUACUUUGCCCUGUUUGAACUCCAAGAAGACUUUGCGAGGAAGCUUGCCCUUACUGAAUUCCCCCACAACCUGUACAUUCAGAACUACACCAAGUCCGGCGCAGGCCAGAGCUGCCUAGGCCUACGCAAGUGGAUCUUCUCCCCGCGCCAAGAGCUGUUCCUAAAUCACGACCAGAUGGCGAUGAAUUUCCUCUACUGGCAGGCAAUUGAUGAAAUCAGCAAGGGGUACAUCAAGCCGAGUGACAGCGCCACGUUGUACGAACUCAAAGCCCACCAGGAGAAAUCUAGUAAACUACAGUACUUAAAGAUAGCCCGGAGUCUAGAUGGCUACGGUGAGAUCUGUUUUCCCCACUGUCCCUGCGACGCCAGAAAGACAGGCCACGUCAUCCCCAUCCUAGGCUUCAGUUUGUUCAAACUCCAGGCCUGCAAAGAGGAUGGAACGUUGGAGGAGCAAGUUCCCAGCUUCCAGUGGGGUGAGAUCCAGCAGUACGAGACGGACGACGAAGGCAUGGCAUUCUGCUUUGAGUACGCCAAGGAGGGCAAGAGGCCACGAUGGGUCAGGAUCUACACUAAAUACUUUGACUUCAUGCAUGAGUGCGUGGACCGCAUUCUGAAGGAGAUCCAAUGGGCCCAAGACAGUGCCAACCACCAGCAAGAUGACAGCGGAGAAGAGGAAGAAGACGAAGACGAAGAAGAAGAAGACGACGACGACGAAGAAGAGGAGGAGAAAGCACAGGCCCUAGCAUCACAAAAGAUGAAGGAUUCAGCGAAUGGCAGGGCCAGGACGGAGCCGCAGACUGGUAAAAUCUUCGACACACUCAAUGAGGACGACCUCUGAGGAACGACCUCUGAGCAAACCUUGAUUGAAGAUGGACUGACGCUGUACAGGAACGAUCACAUUGCCUUGUUUACUGGAACACACCUGUAUGAAUAUUGACAAACACAUGUACCUAUGACAUAGUAUGGAAUAUUGAUGAGACAUGUAAUUAAACAUUAUACAUCAUUUGCAUCCUCCUACUGUAAAUACAUCUUGCGCUUUGCAAAGGAGGUCAGAAUCCAGCUUGACGAAGUGCAUAAAUAUUAAGUUGUACAAAAUGAGAGAAAAUAUUCAUUUCCGGUGACAUUCAGCAGCCAAAUCUAAGAAAUAUGUAGAAAACAGUCUCUGUGGAUAACAAAGCACCCUUUUUAUUUUCAACUAGUACAUUUGAAACUGGUCAAGUAAACCUUUGUGGGUUAAUCACUAGAUCUGUACACAAUUAUUAAAGUGGUAUCCUGUCUUCACUUAGUGGUUACUGUAUUCUUUGAAUAUUUGCUGCAUUCUACAUGUAUGCUUCUUAUUGUACAGAGAGCUGGGAGUUGUAGUCCAUAUAAUUGUACACAGAAUGCAAGAAUGUGUUAUUACACCUUUCGUGUUUUUCCCCUUCCCAACAUUAUUACUCAGAAGGGUGACUUAAGUCAGACUGACUCUACGCAUGUGUAUUUGAAUAAGACAUUCCCAUAGACAGCUUGAGCACCCAGGGGUGAGAUGUGUCAGGAUUUUUCCCGAUUUCAGGAUCUUUUCGUCGGGAUUUUCCCGAAUUCAGGAUUUUUUGAAAAUGUCUUCAAAAUUCUGGAAAAUCCCAUGUUUGCUGUUAAGGUGCUUUUAUGUAAAAGUUGAUAUAGAACACAAGAAAUAGGUAUUUUAGGAAAAUGCAUGUUUACACCAUAGCCCUUUCAGUGCUGAUGAGUUUGUCCUGGAUAUUUCAUUUACUUCCAAUCUCACCCUUCAGCACCAGAUCACUCUCCUGUGAAAUGUCAAGCAGCUGCCAAGUAACUCAGAUACAGCUCAAGGCCUUCGUCUGUGGCAGUAUAAGCACUCUGGCAGAUAGUGUGCAAAAAUGACUCGCUCUUGAUCUGGGGUGGGGGGCAGCCCGGCACACCGAGUUACAUGCCAUCAUCCUUGUGAUAGUCCCAUCUGCUCUGACCCGAAUCACCCCCUCAUCACCGGCAAAGUCCAGGGGGCCUGACAGGGAUCAUUUCAACAGGGCACCCCGCCCUCCUUGUACGCAGCAGACGUUGGUGGCGUAUACUCAGCACCACCCCCUUUUAAGCACACACAAACCUGUACACAUGGUCUUUCCCCACCAAAAGGACUUUGUGCUACUCUUAUGUUAAAAACAUAAUGCCACUUCUUCUUGCUGAGGUCUGACAAAGUGCAGACUUUCUGUGUCCCAAGUUACAUUUUUCAACACAGCUUGCAUCCUAGAUUUGCAUCAUUAAGAAAGCCUUCAACGUGGUCACCUGUUGCCACAAUUUCUUGAACCAUGCUUUGGUCAUUGUCAACCCCCUAAUGCCCCAGGUAGACCAGUGUCAUUCAUCCUUAGAUCCCAAAUUCACAGUAUCCCUGAUCAUACAAGGAUAUGAACUGUACAGUACUGAUUGUAAAUCAGUAUGUAUUAAGCCUCUAGGCUCCAACCUUUUUUGUAUAACACGGUGAUAGUCUUUGUCAUGAUUUACAGAAUCCCUACGAGCUUUCAGUGUUGGUGCUGAACAGUAUAGAAUAUCAAUGAUUUAUUUAAUGCCCAGUUUUUGAAAUCUUUUUCAGUUAACUUUUGCCGCAUUUUAGCAUGUAUCCCUAUGGCACCUUUGAAGAAGGGCCCCCAAAAGAGAUGUUCUUUUUUUUUUUGGGUGUACAGACACUGUACGCGUAGUUCUUGCUUUUGUUUUGUUUUGCUUUUUUUUCUCAUCACAUAAAUAAUUUCUUUCAGAUUUGUAGCUGUAGUUCACUAACACGUUGGAAGGACAGACUUCCCUGUUUGCCAGUGUUCAAAAUUGUUGAAUCGUCUUUUAUUCCUAGUUUAUGCUUGUAAAAUUGAAUGCUAAAUGUGUCAUGUACUUUUUGGGAAAUCUGGGAGAUGCUACCCUUAUGGUACACAGUGCUUGCCUUGAAUACCUUGAUUUACAUAUAUUAGCAUACUCUAUGAAUAUUGAUCAACUAGGUACAUCGUCAUGUGUCGAAAUAGCAGCACGCUCAUUAUGCUUGAUGAGCCAAGAAUCUUCAUCGUGUCUGUUUAUAGAAUAAUAAAAAUGGAACCCUUUCUGGUACCAGUAUUAUUGGCCAGUAAUGCUUCAAAGAUUUUAUUAUCAGCAAAGUACCAUUUCAUUUGUUAUUGAGAUGAUGUACUUCAUACAGAAUACAUAGUUGCCAACCAAAACAUUGGUUGAUGAAAUUACUACACUAGGGAUGGUAUGGAAAUUGAAGUUAUUAAAUUUAGUAAAUACUUGCAGUAGAGAAAUUAUUCACUUCAUUGACAGUAGAUUCUGAAAUGAGCAUCAAAUGGUUCAUUGUUGCUCAUUUAUUGUGAGAAUACAACAGAAUCAGUCGUCACAAGAUUGUUCAGGCAUCUGCUCCUGCUGAAUUGGAAUUCUGGGACUUUUAAUUUUGUCAAAUAUGUAUAUACCACUGCAACACUCCCUUAAAGAAUGGCUCAUUUUGCCUCAAGUUAUAUAUAAAUAUAUUGAGAUUUGAGAAGCAUUUAGUGGAAAUUCUAAAUGACUAUGAGUAUUUGAUAGACAGUUUCUGUUCCGUUUCAGUGAGUUUUACUCGUGAUUUUUUUCAAACUGGUCAAAUAAGUGACAUGACAGAGGUCAGACACAAACCGCAACUUCAAAGCAGCUGCGUGAAAAAACAAGGACAUCAAAAGCAGAUGAACAGCAAAACUAGACUGGACAGUAGCAUACAUUAAAUAUUCAUAGAAUAUACAUAUUCAUCACUGUUAUUUGAAUAUCAAGACGUUUGCCUUAGCAGUAGAUAUGUGAAAGAUACAAAUAUGUGUAUAUAUAUAUUCAAAAAUAUAUUCACAAAAAAUCUCUUCCAGGUAUAUUGUUUCAUUUUGUAGACUUGUGCUGAUAUCUUUUUCAUCAUGAAAUUGGAUGGAAAAAGGGCAAAAACCGUCAGUUUUGUACAUACAGUUUUUCAUUGGGCAAGCUUUUUUCUCUCUUAGCAUAAGAUAUCUGGGUAUUGAACAGUUCUGGUAGGCACUCACAAGCACACCAAAAUGUAGAAAGUGCCCCAUUAGGAACAUGAAAUGCCUGACUUACAACUGAAAUUGAAGUAGGCCUACUCAGAUUGUGCUGCUGAAGGUAAGAUAUAUGGACUUCUGUGUUGGCCCAGUAGUUACUCACAUAAUAGUUACAGUUAGUACAAAAUAUUUGUCUAGUACUUUGGCAAAACACACAUUAUGCCAUUGAACACAGUUACUUUUCACUGUACUCCCAAUUCCCAAGCUGCUUCAGUGGACAUAAAGCUCCAAGUUCCUCCGUUAUAGUUUGUGACCGUGUCUUCACCAUUAGUAUGUGAUAGCAUAAACCAUUAGAGCAAGGAUUAAGUGAUGUUCGCUUGUUGAUUCAAAGUCAGUAUUUUUGGUUCUUUCACAUUUUGGGGGUCAUUUGAUUGUAGAAGCACGAUAUGGUGUAGGUGUGCCAGGCAUACCGUAGUAGCCCAGAUCAAAGUCAGGUGUGGUGUUGGACUCUAAAUAUUGUGGAGGAGUCUUGCAGAGUGUACAAGACAUUUGGUAGAAAGACGCUGGUUGGGUUAGUUUUUCCCUAACUGUCCCUCAAAGAAGUGUGUUAUCGCGAAAUAGGAUUACUGUCUCCCAAACCCUAAGGAAGCAGCAAGAUAAAAUGUUUUUCUUUCCUUGGAAAUCAUUGUGCCUCUGCCAUGGAAAAAUUAUGUCAAUUUUUCUUUAAAAAGUGUUGUAUAUUCACCAUGAAGAAUAUACUCGAGUACAGAGCACAUUGUGGUACGAGUAUUAAGUUCAUAUAUCUAAAUGUGAGCAUAGCCUGAGCAUGUUAAAUAUUCAUGAACACAAAUGACCAAUCAUGUGCUUUCAGCUUGUGGUCUCAAUACCAAGUACAAGUUUAGAAACAGGUAUAAAAAAAACUCCAGCCCAAGAAGGCUGCUUACAAAUUAAUAAGCCUUUCAUUUCAUUCAAAACAGUGACAUCCCAAGUACUGCUGCACAUCAAAAGGUAUAAGAAAUGUUUAGUUUUCUAGAUAUUUGCAGGCUUAAGAUGUAAUUUGUUGUAUACUUACAGCGGCCUCUUAUAAUUAUGUAUAAAUCAUAUCUGUAAUAAAAAAAUAACUUUUACAUUGAAA